CCUGUUGUGAGAGUCGUGGCGCGGAUUGUUCAGCGCAGCGCAGCAUUUCCACGAAAUAUGCCGUGCUUAGCGGAAGUUGGACGAAGAUGUAAUUGGGUAUUCCUCGCCAUAUCGCAAGAGCACACGUCACAGAGGCAAGCUCGAGGACUCGUGUCAAUUUGAAGGCUAUUGCGUAUGCAUACACCAGAUACUUCUUGCGGAUGUGUCAUUAGUCUCCGCUGGAGAACACCCUGAACAGCACCGCGCUAUCGGUCAGGACUGUGUCAUUUCCUGUCGCUUGCACACAAGGCAUUUAGGAUCUGUGAAUUGUGGCAGUAUGGUGGAGUGUCUCUUCAGUAUGACGUGUUUAAGGUGCAACUGUGUUAGUGCAUUAUUUUUAUUAUCAUUCACGAUAAUUUUUACCAGUGGAUUUAAUUUGAAUUGGAAAGAUGCCUAUAUAUUUCAAGACCCGCAGGGGGACGUUGGGAGUUACUUCGGCUUCACUGUUGCGUUACGGCAACAAGGGUACACACACUGGUUGGUUGUAGGAGCGCCUCGUGGUAACUCGACAUACCGUAAACAUCAGUAUAUCCAUCAGCCAGGAACCGUAUAUCAGUGUGGCCUGAGAAAUGGUGGCAGUUGUGUGCAACUUAUUGUGGACCCGUCCGGUAACCGGAAAGUUGAAGGAAGCAACCUGCAGCACAAUAAAAAUAACGCGUGGCUCGGAGGAGCCAUUGCAGUGCAAAAUAGUGGAGAUCGGAUGGUGAUUUGCGCUCCACGAUGGAAGAACGCCUACAAUUCCAAUUACUACCUCAUGAAUGGUAUCUGCUACUGGACAGACAACACGACGGACGUGGAAGCUUCCAUGGAGACCAUAAUGCCACUGGUCGACUUCCGUAAACAAUCCGAAAUAUAUCACUCCCAUGUGUACUUCUACUAUGCUUACGGAGAAGCAGGUUUCACUGUACACUUCCCACAGGGUAGCAAUGAAUUCUUGUUAGGUGCACCUGGCUUACUUGACUGGCGAGGUACAGUCAUUAGAAUGAGAGACGGAGAGUUCUCAAGUGGAUCACCGCGCAGGCGCAGGAGCCAGGGAAACUACUAUUUUGCUGAAGUUCCCAACGCUCUGAAAUCAAGUGGAAUUCCUUUGAAUAGUUACUUGGGAUAUUCUCUGAGCUCAGGAAGGUUUCUCAGUGCUCGACCCACCCACCUGUACGUGAGUGGGGCUCCGAGGGCAAAUGACUAUAAAGGCAAGGUGUAUCUGUUCGACUUUCCGGAUAAUCAUGAAGACGAGGACCUGAAAAUCAUUAGAGAUCUGGACGGGACACAAAUGGGCGAGUAUUAUGGAGCAGCCUUGUGCGUUGUGGAUUUGAACGGGGACCAUCUGGACGACUUGGUGGUCGGAGCGCCUCAGUUUUCCCUUCAGGCAGCUAACUCGGCUCAGCUGGUCGGAGAUGAGGGGCGCAUUUACGUCUACAUCAACGGUGAUCGCGGGAGUUUUACGGAGAUAACAGGAGACAGAAUAAUAAUGGGAAACCAACAGUAUGGCGCCCGGUUUGGUACAGCUGUUGCGAAUGUUGGAGAUCUUAACAUGGACGGUUACGAAGAUAUCGCAGUUGGUGCCCCAUUCGAGGGCGCGGGAGCUGUGUACAUCUAUCAUGGGGAUAAAACCGGAAUUGUGUUUGAUCCAGUACAGAAAAUAUUGGCAGAAAACAUCGAUUCAAGACUCAGUGGGUUUGGAAUCAGCUUAUCGAACGGUGUAGAUGUUGAUGGAAAUCAUUAUAACGAUAUAGCAGUAGGGGCUUUCGAGUCUGGGCAUGCUGUCGUGCUUCGAGGCCAUCCCAUCAUCACAUUCCAACCCACUCUAGCUACUAGCACCACUAGGAUCAGCAUGAAGACUUCGAAUUUCUCCAGCACAGCCUGCCUCACCUACACGGGACCGUACGUUCCUGGUACAGUUGAUGCCAGAGUCACGAUGUCUGUGGAUCUGGCACACGGCAGGGCCCAGUUUGUCUCUGGGGAGUCCAAGAAUACUAACACAUACACAUAUGAAGUCAAAUUACGUACUGAAGAGCUUCAGUGUAAGGACUUCCAGAUUGAAAUUAAGCCAAGUGCUAAAGAUCCAACAAGACCAAUAGAUGUGAUUAUGAGAUACGAACUCGCAAACAAUCCAAACGCAGAUCCACACAAUAGAGGAAGGCCGGACAGUAGUGGUGAUGGGUUCUGCAUGACUUGUCCCGUAGUGGACGCCAGCAAACCUACAUAUAUUACAAAGAGGGUGGCUUUUGAGACAGGGUGUAAAGGGGAUAUCUGCGAACCUGAUCUCAUAGCUGAUGCAAGAUUUAUUGGAAUUAAGAACGAAUUUAUUCUGGGGGAGCAGCCCACCUUGCAGAUGGAGGUGGAGGUUCUGAAUAUUGGAGAACCAGCUUUCCUGUCUCACGUCGCCAUGGCCAUCCCCAGGGUCACGCCUCUCGUCCGAAUUCCUCCCAUCUGCCAUGAUUCGAUAGACAAGCAUACGAGCGAGACACAGAUCCUAGUCUGCGACAUUGGAAACCCCUUGGAGAGAAAUUACACCAUCAACUUGCUGAUUAACACACGGGAUGUGCCUAUUGACACAAAGGAACUCACAUUCGCAGUGAAUGCAACAAGCGUUGGGAAUGAAGUAAAUGCCAACGACAACUACAAGGAAUUGGUGUUGCCAGUAGGACUCAAGGCUGAUAUGAGGAUAACAGGAUUAUCCAGCCAGGACCAAAUAGUGUACGUGGCUCAGAAUAGAUCAUUCCGGGAAGACCUGAUGCUCAAUCACUCGUUCGAGGUAUGGAAUCUUGGGCCGAGUAAGGUUGAGACAGUCAUGAUUGAAUUUGAGAUACCGCAUCAACUGAAAGGACCAAAUGGAGAAAGAAUUUUCAUGCAAGUUUUCCAACCUGAGAGGCUAUUUCCCUGA